ACUUCCGGUUGACCUGCGUGCGCUGUGGGUUACCUGCAAGCCUUCAGCGGUGGCGCUUCGUACACAAAGUAACAACAACAAAUACUAUCCUAAAUGAUUCAAGAGAAGACUGCAAGUGAAAAUAUUUCGUGUGACUUGCUAAACCGACGUGAGCACCGGUGAAAUAUUGUUGUUCGCAAAUGUGUUUGGAACACAGGUAAUGUUUUUUUCCCACAUUGGACGGUGAUGUUGCUGCUUUUAUGGACAUUUUUUUGACAUUUAUGAGCAAGCUCCUUGAGGACUAAUCGGCGAGAGAUCACAAGAAUGUCCGACUCCGACAGUGAUGAGGAUCAAGAUCGCCCUUUCUCCAUUACCGGCUUCCUGUUUGGGAACAUAAAUGAAGACGGUCAACUCGAGGACGACAGUGUCCUGGACAACGAGUCCAAAAAGCAUCUGGCCGGCUUGGGUAAUCUGGGUCUGAGUUCCCUCAUCACGGAGAUCACGGCCAACGAGGAUGAUGAGCGAGAGGAAAGUAAAACUCCCGCCAGUGUGGAUGCUGAGGGAUGGGUGAAAAGCACGGAAGAUGCGGUGGAUUAUUCUGACAUCAGUGAGGUUGCUGAGGAUGAAACACGGAAGUACCGGCAGGCCAUGGGAUCUUUGCAGCCCUGCAGGAAAACAGAUGAUGAAGACGACUACGACGCGGACUGUGAGGAUAUCGAUUCCAAGCUCAUGCCUCCGCCGCCGCCACCGAGCCUUUCGACAGCUGUUAAAAAAGAAGAGCCUCCGUCUCAGAGUGCAAAUGUCGGGGAAGAGGGUGAUGGCAUCAUCCUGCCGUCCAUCAUUGCACCUUCAUCGACUGCCGAGAAGGCUGAUUUCAGCAGUUCCUCUGACUCUGAGUCAGAAACAGACCGCCCCGGCCCGGGUUCUGGUCCUGGAGGCCCACCGGACAGGCUCACCCUCCCGCUUGCUGGCAUCAUGCAGAAAGAUGCUACCAAAGCACUACCCGGUGUCACAGAGCUCUUCCCAGUGUUUAGACCUGGAAAGGUUCUGAGGUUCUUACGGCUGUUUGGCCCAGGGAAGAACAUGCCGUCAGUAUGGCGCAGCGCCCGCAGGAAGAAGAAGCGGAAGCACCGGGACGUUCAGCCCGGGACGCCGCCGCCUGAGGGAGAAGUCGCAGACCAAGAGCAGGAUAAGAAGUCUGGCUGGGUUUACGAGUUCGCAAACCCUCCGCCCCCUGAGCAGUGUCUCUCCGACGACGAGAUAACCAUGAUGGCGCCCGUGGAGUCCAAGUUCUCCCAAACUUGUGGUGACGGAGACAAGGAGGCGGAGUCGCGACCUAAAGUUGCCGAAUGGCGAUACGGGCCUGCCCAGCACUGGUACGACAUGAUGGGGGUCCCCGAGGAUGGAAGCAAUUUCAAUUACGGGCUCAAGCUGAAGGAAUAUGAGGCCAGUGAGCUUCAGGAGCAGAACACACUUGAAGAAACAAGAAAGGCUGCUAAGCAGGAUGGGAGGUGGCACGAUAAUCAAGACGGCCACAAGAAUGAGGGGGAGGAGGACAAAUUGGCGCUGGAGAACGAGCUCUUCUUGAUGGUUACGCAACUGCAGUGGGAGGACGACAUCAUCUGGAACGGGGAGGAUGUAAAGCACAAGGGCACCAAGACUCAACGUGCCAGUCUCGCAGGGUGGUUACCCUCCAGCAUGACCCGCAACGCCAACGCUUAUAAUGCACAACAAGGUCUGACGAGAAGUAAUUCCCAGCUGGUCCCGCCUACACCGCCUCUCAUGACCAAAACCUUGUCAAUAACCGGCUUGAAGCGGGAUAAAAACAGCCACGAUCAUCCAUCCAAUCAGGAAGACGACGCUCCUUGGUUCUCCAUUUUCCCCAUUGACAAUGAGGAGUUAGUGUACGGGCGCUGGGAAGACAACAUUAUCUGGGAUGACCAGGAGAUGGAUCACUACCUCACUCCUCCGAUUCUCACACUGGAUCCCAACGAUGAGCACAUCAUUCUUGAUAUUCCAGAUGAAAAGGAAGCAUCGACAUCUCACUCCCCGUCGAAAGAGAAUAAGAAGGAAACCGCGAUCAAAAAGAGUCGCAUCCUGCUCGGCAAGACUGGCGUGAUAAAAGACGAGCCGCAACAGAACAUGUCCCAGCCUGAGGUGAAAGACCCCUGGAACCUCUCCAACGAUGAGUUCUACUAUCCCAAGCAGCAAGGUCUGAGGGGGACGUUUGGUGGUAACAUCAUCCAGCACUCCAUCCCGGCCCUGGAGCUGAGACAGCCCUUCUUCCCCACCCACAUGGGACCGAUGAAGUUGCGGCAGUUCCACAGAUCCACAUUGAAGAAGUACUCCUUUGGACCUUUGGCUCAGCCCGGUCCACAUCCUGUCCAGCCGCUGCUCAAGCACAUUAAGAAGAAGGCCAAGAUGCGAGAGCAGGAGCGGCAAGCUUCGGGAGGAGGAGACAUGUUCUUCAUGCGCACCCCGCAGGACUUGACAGGCAAAGAUGGGGAUCUGAUCCUGGCAGAGUACAGUGAAGAAUACACACCUCUCAUUAUGCAAGUUGGCAUGGCCACUAAGAUUAAAAACUACUAUAAAAGGAAACCUGGAAAGGAUCCUGGCGCACCAGACUGCAAAUAUGGCGAAACUGUAUACUGCCACACUUCCCCUUUUCUGGGCUCUCUGCACCCUGGGCAGCUGCUCCAAGCUUUUGAAAACAACCUUUUCCGCGCCCCCAUUUACCUGCACAAGAUGCCAGAGACGGAUUUUUUGGUCAUCCGAACCCGCCACGGCUACUACAUCAGAGAAAUUGUGGACAUUAUGGUGGUUGGUCAAGCCUGCCCCCUAUACGAGGUUCCUGGGCCCAACUCCAAACGAGCUAACACCCACAUAAGAGACUUCCUUCAAGUGUUCAUUUACCGCUUGUUCUGGAAGAGCAAGGAUCGUCCGCGGCGAAUCCGCAUGGAGGAUAUCAAGAAAGCGUUUCCCGUGCAUUCUGAGAGCAGCAUCAGGAAAAGACUCAAACUCUGUGCAGACUUCAAACGCACGGGCAUGGACUCCAACUGGUGGGUGCUGAAGCCUGACUUCAGAUUGCCAACAGAGGAAGAGAUCCGAGCCAUGGUGUCUCCCGAGCAGUGCUGCUCUUACUACAGCAUGCAGGUGGCCGAGCAGAGACUCAAGGACGCUGGCUACGGCGAAAAAUCGUUCUUUGCCCCAGAGGAGGAGAACGAAGAGGACUUUCAAAUGAAGAUUGAUGAUGAGGUGCGAACAGCUCCAUGGAACACAACAAGAGCAUUCAUCUCUGCCAUGAAGGGGAAAUGCCUGUUGGAGGUCUCCGGGGUGGCCGACCCGACGGGGUGUGGGGAAGGUUUCUCCUACGUCAAAGUGCCCAACAAGCCCACUCAACAGAAGGACGACAAGGAGCCUCAGCCUGCGAAGAAAACCGUGACAGGGACAGAUGCCGAUUUGAGGAGACUGUCUCUGAAGAAUGCCAAGCAGCUGCUGCGCAAGUUCGGAGUUCCCGAAGAAGAAAUAAAAAAGCUCUCACGCUGGGAGGUGAUCGACGUCGUAAGAACCAUGUCGACCGAGCAGGCGCGUUCGGGAGAAGGCCCCAUGAGCAAGUUUGCCAGAGGCUCACGUUUCUCCGUAGCAGAGCACCAGGAGCGCUACAAGGAGGAAUGUCAGAGGAUCUUUGACCUGCAGAACAAGGUGCUGGAGUCGACAGAAGUGCUCUCCACAGACACGGACAGCAGCUCGGCAGAGGAUAGCGACUUUGAGGAAAUGGGAAAGAACAUCGAGAACAUGCUGCAGAACAAGAAGACCAGCUCACAGUUGUCGCGCGAGCGCGAGGAACAGGAGAGGCGGGAGCUGCAGAGGAUGCUGAUGGGGGAGGAGAGCGAUCGUGACAACAAGGGACGCAAGGAGCGCCGCAAAAUCUUGUCCAGCUCAUUGUCCACCAGCUCCCACAAGGAUGACGACACAUCCUCGGUCACCAGCCUGAACUCCGCAGCCACGGGACGGCGACUUAAGAUCUACAGGACCUUCAGGGACGAGGAGGGCAAGGAAUACGUUCGCUGCGAAACUGUGCGCAAGUCUGCCGUCAUUGAUGCCUACACCAGGAUCAGAACGACCAAGGAUGAUGAAUUCAUACGGAAGUUUGCCCUCUUCGACGAGCAGCACAGAGAAGAGAUGAGGAAGGAGCGUCGGCGUAUCCAGGAGCAGCUGAGGAGACUGAAGCGGAAUCAAGAGAAGGACAAGUUCAAGGGACCUCCAGAAAAGAAAUCCAAGAAGAUGAAAGAGAGACCAGACCUCAAGGUAAAAUUAAAAUGCGGUGCGUGCGGCGCCAUCGGGCACAUGAGGACGAACAAGUUCUGCCCGCUGUACUAUCAGACCAACGCGCCCCCUUCCAACCCGGUCGCCAUGACAGAAGAGCAGGAGGAGGAGCUAGAAAAGACAGUCAUCCACAACGACAACGAAGAAUUGAUUAAGGUGGAAGGCACAAAGAUCGUGCUUGGAAAGCAACUCAUCGAAAGCGCCGAUGAGGUGCGCAGGAAGUCUUUAGUGCUCAAGUUCCCCAAGCAGCAGCUCCCUCCGAAGAAGAAGCGACGAGUUGGCAAUGCUGUGCACUGUGACUAUCUGAAUAAACCACACAAGGCAAUCCACCGCAGGCGCACUGACCCCAUGGUGACCUUGUCCUCUGUGCUGGAGAGCAUCAUUAACGACAUGCGGGACCACCCUAACACGUAUCCGUUCCACACGCCAGUAAAUGCCAAGGUCGUGAAGGACUACUACAAGAUCAUCACGCGGCCCAUGGACCUGCAGACGCUCCGGGAGAAUGUCCGCAAACGGAUGUACCCAUCCAGGGAGGAGUUCCGUGAAGCAGUUGAGCUCAUAUACAAGAACAGCGCCACGUACAAUGGAGCAAAACAUCCGAUCACACAAGUUGCGCAGUCCAUGCUGGAUCUGUGCGAUACUAAGCUGAAAGAGAAGGAGGACAGACUGGUUCGGCUCGAAAAAGCCAUCAAUCCUUUGCUUGAUGACGACGAUCAGGUGGCGUUCUCCUUCAUCCUGGACAACAUCGUAACCCAAAAGAUGAUGGUCGUUCCUGAUUCAUGGCCGUUCCACCAUCCUGUCAACAAAAAGUUUGUGCCUGAUUACUACAAGGUGAUUAUAGACCCGAUGGACCUGGAGACCACCCGCAAGAACAUCUCCAAGCACAAGUAUCAGAACAGGGACGCCUUCCUCUCAGAUGUCACUCUCAUCCACACAAACAGCAUCAAGUACAACGGCCGCGACAGUCCGUACACCAAGACGGCGCUCGACAUCAUCAGUGUGUGCAGACAGACUCUGGAUGAGUACGAUGAACAUUUGACACAGCUGGAGAAGGACAUCUCCACGGCCAAAGAGGCAGCACUGGACGCCGCGGACUUUGAGAGUCUGGAGAUGGCUCACGGCUCGUACAUGACGCAGUACGAUGAGCUCGAUAAGGACAUGGCCGCGGGCAAAGGGGCAUUCAUGGACUUACAGAGGCUGGCCACAUCUUCGCCCUACAUGGCCCAGGUCCGCCAUGGCAGAAGGCUCAGGGAAGAAGAAUCUGAUGUGGAUAUUGAAGGCUUUGAGGAGGAAGAUGACGGCAAACCCAAAACACCUGCUCCUGCAGAGGACGCAGAAGGAGAUCUAGAGGAUGACGAUGACGACGAGGAGAUGUUGCUGCCGCCGCGCAGGCGCAUGCACAACCGGCAGGAGGAGGAAGACGACAGAAGAUCCAACCCCCUCACCCACGCCAGCGUGUUGUAUCAGGACCUGCUCAUGUCCGACGGAGAGGAUGACGCCAGCGAGGAGGAGGGGGACAAUCCAUUCUCCUCCAUUCAUUUAUCAGAGAGUGGCAGUGACUCUGAUAGAGAGGUGGACGUGCGACCUCCACCUCCGAGGCGAGCGCAGGAGACGGCGCGCAUGGGCAUGGAGCAGGACGAGAGCAUGAUGUCGUAUGAAGGGGACCGCGCCGACGACGGGCCCCACAUGGAAGACAGCAACGUCAGCUACGGCAGCUUCGAGGAGAGCCGCAGUCGCAUGCAGCCCUCAGCCGGGGGGAACGCGGAGGACGACGGCAUCAGCGAGGACGAAGAGGAGGAAGAAGAGGAUGACGCACGGAGGAGAGCCCCAGCUGCGCAUUCUCAGUAUGAUGAGAAGGAAGCCAAAUGGUCAUUUAUGGACUUGGAGAGGCACAACCCAACGCCUGCGCCAUAUGCACAGCAGCCAUGGCAGCUACGAGGAAACAGACAAGAGGACGGCAACAGCGAGGAGGAGGAGGAGGAGGAAGACGACGAGGAGGAAGCACGGAGGAGAGGUCCGGCCGUACUUUCUCAGGUUCAGCUCAGUGAGGACGAGGAGAGCGAAGAAUUCAGAUCCAUCGGAGGAGACAGUGACAUGGACUCGGACUAGAUUACUUUUAUUAAUGCGAUAUCAAGAGAACAUGUUUGGAAGCCUCAUCGUGACAUGCAGACAUUGGAGAUUUUUGUUUUGUUUUUGUUUUUUUAAUGUAAAUAUAUUGUGCAUUGUUCUGUGAACCAUGUUUUACAACUUCUUGUACCAUUAGCUUUCUCAUUGUAAAUGUACACAUUUGUCUUUUGGAAUUAGACUGCAUUUAUGUCAGACAUUAUAUAUCCUUAUGAGGAAUUAGGCCUUCUUAGUUUUUUCAGUGGAAGGUCAGCCGUUUUGCUUGAAAAUACAAUAAACAGUGUUGUCAAAUGUUAAA